GGCGAGCGGGGCUUUUCUGCGCAGCCCGAGUGCGCCUCUGAGCGCGCCAGGGCGGCCCCGGGGCGCACGGAACCGACCCAGGACCAACCGCGUCCGGAAGCCCGGCCGCCGCCGCCGCCAGGUGUCUGACUGACGUCCUACCCCAGGGAGCCAGUGUGGCCAGAGCAGGGCGCGCUGGUCACCAUGACAACAGAGACGGGCCCCGACUCUGAUGUGAGAAAGGCUCAGGAGGAAGCCCCCCAGCAGCCUGAGGCUGCCGCUGCCACUACCCCUGUGACCCCCACAGGCCAAGGCCACCUGGAGGCCAACACCAAUGAGAAGCAACUGGCCCAGCAGGAUCCUAGGCCUGCUGACCAGAGCCUAGACAUGGAGGAGAAGGACUACAGUGAGGCUGAUGGCCUGUCAGAGAGGACUACACCCAGCAAGGCCCAGAAGUCACCCCAGAAGAUUGCCAAGAAGUACAAGAGUGCCAUUUGCCGGGUCACUCUGCUCGAUGCUUCCGAGUAUGAAUGCGAGGUGGAGAAGCAUGGCCGGGGCCAGUUGCUCUUCGACCUGGUGUGUGAGCACCUCAACCUACUGGAGAAGGACUACUUCGGCCUGACCUUCUGCGACGCGGACAGUCAGAAGAACUGGCUGGACCCCUCCAAGGAAAUCAAGAAGCAGAUCCGGAGUAGCCCUUGGAAUUUUGCCUUCACAGUCAAGUUCUAUCCCCCAGACCCUGCUCAGCUGACAGAAGAUAUCACCAGAUACUACCUGUGCCUGCAGCUGCGGGCGGACAUCAUCACGGGCCGCCUGCCCUGCUCCUUUGUCACGCAUGCCCUGCUGGGAUCCUAUGCUGUGCAGGCUGAGCUGGGUGACUAUGAUGCUGAGGAACAUGUGGCCAAUUAUGUCAGCGAGCUUCGCUUUGCCCCCAAUCAAACCCGGGAGCUGGAAGAGAGGAUCAUGGAACUGCACAAGACAUACCGGGGCAUGACCCCGGGAGAGGCAGAGAUUCACUUCCUGGAGAACGCUAAGAAGCUUUCCAUGUAUGGAGUUGACCUGCACCAUGCCAAGGACUCGGAGGGCAUCGACAUCAUGCUUGGCGUCUGUGCCAAUGGCCUGCUCAUCUACCGUGAUCGGCUGAGGAUCAACCGCUUUGCCUGGCCCAAGAUCCUCAAGAUCUCUUACAAGAGGAGUAACUUCUAUAUCAAGAUCCGUCCUGGAGAGUAUGAACAGUUCGAGAGCACCAUUGGCUUCAAGCUCCCAAACCACCGGUCAGCAAAGAGACUAUGGAAGGUCUGCAUUGAGCACCACACCUUUUUCCGGCUGGUAUCCCCUGAACCCCCACCCAAAGGCUUCCUAGUGAUGGGCUCCAAGUUCCGGUAUAGUGGGAGGACCCAGGCCCAGACUCGCCAGGCCAGCGCCCUCAUCGACCGGCCUGCACCCUUAUUUGAGCGCUCCUCCAGCAAACGGUACACCAUGUCUCGCAGCCUUGAUGGAGCAGAGUUCUCUCGCCCGGCCUCCGUCAGCGAGAACCAUGACACAGGCCCAGACGGGGACAAGAGGGAGGAGGAUGGCGAGUCGGGAGGUCGGCAGUCAGAGACGGAGGAGGGCGAGGUCAGGACGCCCACUAAGAUAAAGGAGCUCAAGCCGGAGCCAGAAACCACGCCGCGACACAAGCAGGAGUUCUUAGACAAGCCGGAGGAUGUACUGCUGAAGCACCAGGCCAGUAUCAAUGAGCUGAAGCGGACUCUGAAAGAACCCAACAGCAAACUCAUCCACCGGGACCGAGACUGGGAGCGGGAUCGUCGGCUGCCCUCCUCACCAGCCUCCCCAUCCCCCAAGGGCACCCCUGAGAAAGCCAGCGAGUCCCUGAAGAGCCAGAACACCUCGUGGGACUUGGUGCCUGAGUCUAGGAUGGCCACAGGCUUGGAAGUGUUCACUCAGAAAAGUCUUGCUGCAUCUCCUGAGGGCUCAGAGCACUGGGUCUUUAUAGAAAGAGAGUACCUUAGGCCAGAAGACCUCGGCCUCCUGGAAGUGUCCUCCCCACACCAGGAAGAAAGGGAGGCAGGCCUUUCCCACAUCCUUGCUGACGGCAGACUCUCCAAGGUAGACAUCCUGGUGGACAAGUUUAAAGUCGAAGUGGCCACAGAAGAGAUGGUGGGGUCCAGAAGCGUAAAUACUCAGCGAGGAAGAAUGAUCGCCAGUCCCGAAGAUUUUGAGUCUGUGUGGGAGGGAGGCCCCUGGUUCAUAGAAGGCCUAGCGGGGGAAGUGCUGCUAGGGGCCUCCCAGAUUUCAGGGGGUCUCCUAGAGAGCCAGACAGAAUGGCACCAAGAACUGGGAGAGCUCCAGACUGGGGGACUAUCCAAGGCCCCAGAGCCCAGCCUGGCCAAGGUGGAGGACACCGCUCUAACCUCCAGCAUGGGAAACCUUCAGUCCUUUCUGCUGGACCUGGCCCCCAAGGACACCAGAGCCAACUCCAGUAAUGAAGUUGACCCAUCCUCUGCAGAGAAAGAUUCUAAUGGCUGCCUUCUGUCUCUUUCUCAGGAUGCAUGGGAGGGUCCCCUGGUCAAUCCCACUGGGCAUGGCUGGGAAGUUGCAAAGCAACCUGGAAUAGAGGCCACAGUCCCUCAGGACUCAGUGCCAAUCUUGGGCAGUAAUACCAACAGAGAGGAGGGAGCUUUCCCAGUUUCUGAGCAAGGUGCAGGGCCCCCCAAAAGAGAGGAUGAGCGUGCGGUUUUUGUGGGCAAGCUCCAAGAGGAACCGGCUCCUGGCCAGGAGUUUGCUGAAGACUGGAAGGGAGCCUGGUAUGGGAUGCAGGGAGAGAUUACUCACAUAGCAGGCACCCCAGAAGAGGGCCCCCAAAAUGGGGACUUGGUGGAACAGGCUGAAUGGAAGAACCAUGCACAGCACAGAGGAGGGCCAGUGCACCCAGACCCCCAGGCCUGGGAUUUUCAGGUGGCUGACCCUUUUCAGAAUGGCAGGAAGCUGAGCAUAGCCCAAAAGACUUGGUCAGACCCCAACCCUGGGGCAGAAGCUGUGCAUGAGGACCCCCAGGCCUUCAGUUUUCUCCAGAUGGAGGUGGUUGCUCCCCUCCCCACCUCUGCAGAGGAAACUUCCCCAUGUCCCGAUGAUCAGGAACCUGGAGGACUUUUGGAGCUUGGGGAUCCCAUUGGAGAGCCGCCCCUUUUUUCCCCCAAACGGGCCCUUCACUCUAAAGAGGACGCAGAACUUGAAGACAGAGUAGCAACGAUCCGGGCCCCUGAUGGAGUGCGGCGGCGGGCGCCUCCAGUGGCCAGCAAGAAGCCCAGAUUUGUCCCAGAAGAAGCCACAGGGACCCUGCCCCCAGGGGUGCUGUUCCUUUCGGGGAAGCCAAAAGAGAAGCCCCUGCUGCAGGCUGGGCGCCAGGAGGGAUCCCUCGAAGAUAUCAGCAAGGCCUCUGUAGCCAACAAGAUCCGUAUUUUUGAGACUCAGGGGCCAGAAGGUCUCCGAGGGAGUCCGAGCGAUGGGUCUGCAGAGACCACACUGGCACAGCUGGAGCAGCAACGGAAGAAGCUCUUAGAAUUGGGCUUGAUCCAGCUCCAGCUCCCCAGGGAAAACGGGGUCAGCUCUUGGGUUCCACAUGCCUCAGCCAUGCCACCACCUCCCAGACCCUUCCGAGGGCGCCUCACCCCCACAUCUCAGCAAGCAGGACACAGGGAACUCGACCUCUCGUCCCCUGAUUCAGGCUGUGAAACAACCCUGGUGGAAGCGACGGGGGGACCUGGCCACAGAGCAGGGCUAAGGGAGGGCUCAGAGGAGAAGGUCAAAUUGCCACGUCCCAGGGCCCCUGAGAGUGACACAGGCGAGGAGGACCAGGACCAGGAGAGGGACGCGGUGUUCCUGAAGGACAACCACCUUGCCAUUGAGCGCAAGUGCUCCAGCAUCACUGUCAGCUCCACAUCCAGCCUGGAAGCCGAGGUGGACUUCACAGUCAUGGGCGACUACCACGGCAGCGCCUUCGAAGACUUCUCCCGAAGCCUGCCUGAGCUCGACCGAGACAAGAGUGACUCGGACACCGAAGGCCUGGUGUUCGCCCGGGAUCUCAGCAAGGGGGGAACCGGCCAGGAGGAUGAGUCAGGGGGCCUGGAGGACAGCCCGGAUCGAGGGGCCUGCUCCACCCCGGAGCUGCCCCAGUUUGAGCCCGUGAAAGCGGAAACCAUGACCGUCAGCAGCCUUGCCAUUAGGAAGAAAAUUGAGCCAGAGGCCAUGUUGCAGACUCGAGUCAGCACUGCAGAUGCUGCCCAGGUGGACGGGGCUGUCCCCGGGGGGAAGGAGUUCCUAACCACCACUCCCUCCAUCACCACGGAGACCAUUUCCACCACCAUGGAGAACAGUCUCAAGUCCGGGAAGGGGGCAGCGGCCAUGAUCCCAGGCCCACAGGCGGUGGCCACGGAAAUCCGUUCUCUUUCUCCGAUCAUCGGGAAAGAUGUCCUCACCAGCACCUACGGCGCCACUGCGGAAACCCUGUCCACCUCCACCACCACCCAUGUCACCAAAACUGUGAAAGGGGGGUUUUCAGAGACAAGGAUUGAGAAAAGAAUCAUCAUUACUGGGGAUGAAGACGUGGAUCAAGACCAGGCCCUGGCUUUGGCCAUCAAAGAGGCCAAACUGCAGCAUCCGGACAUGCUGGUAACCAAAGCUGUCGUGUACAGAGAAACAGAACCGUCUCCAGAGGGACGGGACAAGAAGCCACAGGAGUCCUGACCUCAGUGAUGGGGAUGCUGGCGUUUCUGGUCCAACUCCAGCCAGAGAACCAUUCAGAAGGGGCCUUCACUCUGGACUCUCCGAAUUAACACCGCCGUCCCAGCUGUGAGGCGCCGUCCCCAAGGAGAGACUGGGAAGGGAAAAGCAUAUAUAUAGAGAUAUAUAGAGAUAUAGAUAUAUAUACAGGAAACACCGCGUCCUCCCGCUGCUGCUGGGGCUCACCAAGCUGUUUGCCAAUGGCAAUAACCAACUUCCAAGACACUCACAUUUCCUCUGCAGACAAAUUGAAAAAUGGAGGAGGAGGGGAGGGAUUUUUUUCAGGGAAACAAAACAAAACAAAAUUAAGGACAGCAAUGAUCCCAUCUCCCCUCAUUGAUGCCCAGACCUGCCAAGGACAGUCAUCUGCUGGGAGGGCCCUGGCUCUGCACAUUGUUCCGUUUGGUGGACAGGCAUCAUGUUUCCUUCCCUGGUGUCUGUCAUCCCCUCCACAUGGCAAAGGAAAACCCUGUUGCAGUGAAGCGAGAGAAGCCACAGCAGCACAACACGCACUGUUGACCAUUUUCUGGGAAAGAAAGAAAACCCCCCAUUUGGAGAGGAGAAAGAGGAGAAGGAACACUGGAAUGUUAUUUUUUGGGUCUUGACACUGGGGUGCCAAAUCUACUUUCCUUCCUUCUGCCUCCCUUCCCCCUCGGCUCUCACUGGUCUUAUCAUCCUGUUCUGUCUCGGCUUCCCUCCCCCUUUACCCACUCCCUCUGUGUCCAGGCUUGGAGAGGGCCAUGGGCAGAUGCCUCUUCUCUUGUUCUGUAAAGAAAGCCUAAGAAGAAAGCAGAGCAGAAACCAAGCCAGAGGAAGGGACAUCGCCACCAUAUGCUGUUGAUGGUUCUCUUUAUGAAGGUGCAGCUUGUAGGAGAUUUGUACGGAUGUGCUUUUAAGUUAUGUAUAUUGCAUAUAACAGGAGAAAUUAUUCCAAUAAACAGUGCUGGUAAGUAUGAAGCUGACAUUUUAAAGUGAUAAUGCUCUGACUGUGAUUGAUGUGCCCACAAGGCUCCCUUGACAUCACCAAAAAGGUCCACCAUGGAGACAGGGAGCCCAGCUGUGGGCAGCUCCUCAGCAGGGCCGCAGUUCAGUGUAGUGAUACCAUGUGUGAUGUUCGUGAUUGGUGGAUUGGUGGGAAGGGAUAGGGUCUGGGAAGGGACCAAAUGCAGAGACAGGAGUCUGCAAGAAGUCUCCGGCAAGAAAAAAACAACACAGAGAGGGUCCAUAAUGUCUUCUCUCCCUCUGCCCACUGCACCCUCCUCCAGCAGGAGCAACCAAUGCCUGGUCUAUGCUCAAAUUUGGAGUUUGGUGAUGGGGUCCUGUGCACAGGUCCCCUGCCUUAGUCUCCUGCUACCCUCUUUUUUUUGGCCACAUAUCUUGCCUAUCCCUAACAGCGAGCUUUCUGUGCCAUGAUGCUCCCCUCCUUGGCACACCCUCCUCCUCCAGAGAAUGGUGGCCUGGAAAUUUCCAGCUCAGUCUUUCCCUCUGCCCCUCCCCUAAUUGGAAAUUUUCUCUUUUCCUGGGCCAGAGCAGCUAGGGAAGAGGCCAGGCUCACAGCAGGCUCUGAUCGCUCCAAACUGCAUCCUCAAAGGCUUUGCCAGCCCUAGAAAUGGAUGCCAGGUGGGGUGGCUUCAGGGUUCUAGCUAAGAGAAGGGUCUGACUUUGGAGGCCACCCCUUGCCCCCACCCCCCACUUCUGUCUGUAUCUGUGCCCGAGCCCGGAGGUGCUUUCAGAGGAAGACCCCCAUGUAGUGUCAGCACUGACCCUUAGGCCAGUAAAGUUGGGGCUCCCUAGGAUCCCCAGGCUUUCUUCCAGAAGCCCUGACUCCACAAGCAGGAACCUCUUUCUAAGGGACUCCUGCUGUGCUAUGAUUUCCUCAGGCCCACCCCAUACCCCUAGCUUUGCUUCUAAAGCUGUCAUAAAUCUAUUCUGCAACUAUUUACUAACUUACUCCAGCUGCUGUUGCAGGAAAGAAGGGAAGAGGAGGCGCUGCAUAGCCCCUCGGAGCCAGCCUUACUUAGAUUUCCAGCCCUUCCAAUUGCCAAUGCCUCCCCCAAACAGCCUGGACAUGGUCCCAGGAGACUCCCAGAGGGCUGGGGCCUGUGGGUAGUUACCCUGAAGACACAUCUCUGGUGCUGACUCAAGGCAGGACAAGACCCUUGAGUCAGAGGUCGGGAAGGGAACAGGACCUGGGACAAGUGCCCACACAGUCCUGCUGAGCAUCCCCAGGGAGAAGCCACAGAGCCCUCCACGCCUUCACAAAUGUCUAAGCAAGAGCCGGAGUGACUUUCUCUCUGGGGCCCCUGGAAUUUGGCUCAGGCACCCCUGUCUUGGCAGAAGCAGGAGUCCAGGGUGCACUGGAGUGAGCUGCCAUCCAGCCCCUGCCUGCAAAGCCAGGGAGAGGACAGGCAAGGGUCAAGCCAGGGGCCUUAGCUGGGGCCCACUGGAGUUUGUGGAGGUGUCUGUCCCAUGCUGCUCUCAUCCCUUAUGCAGGGAGCAGGGACGCUGCUGAGCAAAAUCUAGGGCACUGACUCCCCUCAUCCCCUAAUCUUACAGAGAAUAGAUGUUUGUCUUGUCUGUCUUCAACCUACUUCUCCUUUUAUCCUUUUGGCAUUCUCAUUCUCUGUGUGCUGCCUCUCCACCCAGGAGACCAGGGAACAGAGGGAAAGGUCCUGGAGGGCGCUCAGGAGGUCCAGAGGUCAUCCUGGCUCAGUCCCCAACUUGCCAUGUGACACUAGGCUGGUCCCCUUCCCUCUUCAGGGCUCGUCUCCCCCACUAGCAAACGAGGAGAACCCAGUCGCCCUUCAGGAUCUUUGUCCAAUCUGCCAUCCUCCAGCCCUUCAUUUUCUCUUGUUUUGCUUUCUCGAAUCUUUUCCAUCUGAGGGUACAGGAAUUGCCAUGAUCGGUUUCUGUUUUGAGCCCUGCAAGCACAUUCCAAGACUGGCCUGAAAUUGCAUGAGCAACAUCACUUUAAAUACUUUUUUUUUUUCCCAAAAAAAGCACUUUACCACCCAACUGCAAUGCCGUCCUGUUCCUUUUUUACUCACCCCCCCUCUCGUCCCUGCGCUUCCCCCACCUCAGUGCUCUGUGCUGUAUGCGUGUGCUCUCUGUUCUUGUACACUCAAUUAAAGUGAAAUAAAUGUGUUUGAUGCUGAACCA